UUAUAAUCUGCGGAUUUGUAGUGUGACUGACGCAGUGGCGGAUCUGACUGCGGAUUAAAUCCAUUCGGUGCAGGUGAUCUGCGUUUACGCACCCACCAUAGUAUCAACACGGAAACUGCGUCAAGAAGGGACAUUCCAUAACGUUUAGACGGAACAACCCCUUAAACAAAAUGGCUGCGGACUCAUCUUAAAAUGGCUGCCGAUGAAUAUUCAUGAGCAGUUCCGGCUCAGCAGCAGCGUUUUUUUUAUUUUUUAUUGUACACUUGAUAUGAAUAGAAAGCAGCCAGAGAUCUUCUUUCAGUUUCAUCUUUGAGCGUUCCUGCUCCCCGCAGCUCGCUGUCCUCCCCCUCUGAUGCUAACCUUCGCGUCCCUGAAGCUGUCGAUGAAGAUGGACGCUGGCUCCUCGCCAGCCAGCUCCUGUUUCUACGUGUGCUUUUACCGUGUCCAGCGCUGAUCACGGUGACGCCUUGUGUGAAUUUAUCGCAGGUUGUCCGCCCGCUCACACGUGGAAGAUUGCUGCAGAAAUUUCUGUGACUGAAAAUCUGCGGAUUUUUACAGUUCCUCUGGUUAUAUAGAACACAUACAUUCCUGCAGCAAUUGUGGGAGCAUAACCCCGAGGCUGGGUUCCUCCGUAUUGACCACACGACGAGCCACGCGGCCAAGGACCAAGUGGUUGUAGUAAUUCGCAGCGAAUCAGUCUCCGCUGAGGUGUCCUCUUCAGCCUUCACAAUGAUUUCCUUCUGUUUUCUGCCUAUUUUGUUCUUGCUGGACUCGUCGCUCAGUUGUAUGACAUCCAGGCUCGUCUUCAGUCAUUGUCCCGGUGUCCCCCUUAGUGUUGUGUGGCUGGUCUACCUCCUUAAAGCUCCUGCUCUUGCCCUGAUAUCCAGUAAACUGCCCCGUCCACAAUGGAUUCCCUCCGAUCUCCUCUACGUUCUCACCUUCUGCUUCGCUCCUCCUCUGUACCAGACCCUGAGGUUCUUUCUCUCCGCUCAGUCUCCGGAGUUAUACUCUGUUUUCUCCGACUCCCUGCUCUAUCAUCUACCCCUUCCAUUGUCAUGUCUGCUCUGGGAUCUGCUUGUACCUCCUAAUAACACGAAAGACUCUUCUGCCGGAGACGAUCGCGAAAAAACAGACAAGAAGAAUUUCGUCAGACUCGUCAAACUUUCGAAGCCGGAUUGGCUUUACCUGUGUUCGGCUUUUGUCUUCCUUGCUCUGGCUUUAAUAUUUGAAAUGUCGAUUCCCUACUAUACGGGGCGCCUGAUUGACAUCUUAUCCAACCACUACAAGGAGGCUGAGUUCCUGGCGGCUAUCGUUUAUUUGGCGGUGUUGACCAUCUCAAGCUCUCUUUCCGUCGGCUGCAGAGGAGGACUUUUCAUAUUCUGCCUCUUUCGUCUCACAAGACGUUUGAGAAUCCUUCUUUUCCGUGCUGUCAUUAAGCAGGACAUCGCCUUCUUCGAAACGAAUAAAACAGGUGACCUCUCCUCUCGACUGUCCAAUGACACGGCUCUCGUGAGUCGCUCGAUUGCUGGCAAUGUGAAUAUAACACUUCGGACGUUAAUAAAAUGCAUUGGCUAUUACUACUUCAUGUUCUUUCUAUCGUGGCGACUUACGCUCCUCUCCCUCAUCAGCAUGCCAUUAAUAUCCGUGGUGCAGCACAUGUACAAUAAAUAUCACGAGGAUCUUGUGAAGAAGGUGCAGGACUCCAUCGCUGCCUCGAGUGAUCUAGCAAAAGAGAUUGUUGAGUCAGUAAAAACAGUGCAAAGUUUUGCCGCUGAGGAAGAAGAGGUGAAGAGAUACGAAGAGGCGAUGAAGAAGACCCACAGCCUGCAGAUCUGUAGGGACAUGGUCCGAGCUUUGUAUCUUCUGCUGAUAAGGAUCAUUAAUCUCGGAGUCCAGGUCGCCAUGUUAUGCUACGGGCACACGUUAAUCCAAAAAGGAGAGAUCAGCACCGGAGCAAUGGUGUCUUUUCUCAUCUACCAGAUGGAGUCUAACGAUUAUAUACGGUCUCUGUUUCACAUGCUCAGUGAGAUAACACAUUCAGCAGGAGUGGCCUCCAAGGUUUUCCAGUACCUGGAUCGGGAGCCUCAGAUCUCCGCAUCGGGAUCUCUUUGUCCGAAAGAGUUAGUUGGUGAAUUUGAGUUCAGGAAUGUUACGUUUCAUUAUCCCUCCCGUCCAGAUACCCCUGCUGUGCAGAACGUUUCAUUCCGCCUUCGUCCUGGAAGUGUUGCGGCUCUUGUUGGGCCCUCAGGAGGUGGCAAGACAACCUGCGUGUCGCUUCUGGAGAGAUUCUAUGAGCCACAGAGUGGAGAAAUCCUUCUUGAUGGAAAACCACUAGCUGAUUAUGACCAUCAGUAUCUGCACAGUAAGGUGGUGCUGGUCGCCCAAGAUCCGGUUUUGUUUGCUGGAACAAUAAGAGAAAACAUCAGUUAUGGACUCAGCAACAAGAGUGAGCAGCAAGUGACCGCAGCGGCGAGGCAAGCAAAGGCUGAGAACUUCAUCAGUGACUUGGAAAAGGCCUAUGAUACAGAUGUUGGAGAUAGUGGGACCCAGUUGGGCGCUGGACAGAAACAACGCAUUGCCCUUGCUCGAGCUCUUGCACGUAAACCCAAGUUACUUAUUCUGGAUGAAGCUUCAAGUUGCCUGGAUGUUGAUACAGAGCAUGAGAUCCAGCAGUCUCUUCAGGGGAUCCCAGGUCUCACUCUUCUGAUCAUCGCUCAUAGGCUUCGUACUGUGCGAACAGCAGAUCAGAUUCUCGUUCUGGAUGGGGGUCGAGUAGUAGAGUGUGGAAGCCACAAUGAGCUUGUACAGAAGAAAGGCACUUACUGUAAACUCUUGCAAAAUGGUGACUGAAAAACUUGGACAUUGGAAUAAUAGAGCACCGCUAGCUUUGUUACUGUGCUGCUUACCUGCGCCAGCACCUUUCCAGGGCCAUAUUUAUCGACACGUACAGUAAGCAUCCUAAAGGACGGAAGUCUGGUAGAAAGAAAAAUUAUAUGUAAAUAAUAUGUUCACUUCCAGUUGGGCACAAGGAGAAAACUACAACUUUUUGUUGGUGUCAGGAAAAAGGUGAUGUGGACCUUGCAUAGUUUAGUAGCUGCCUCAUGUUCGAUGUGCUGUAACAUUCAGUAUAAGCCCGGCUGUUAACCACACAGCCAAUCACUGGACUUGGUCACGUGCCGUUCAUGCAUCUGUGACCGCCGAGUUGCGAUUGGCCGAGUGGUCACUUGACCAUUGGACGUUCGAUCAUCCCUUCCGGUCUGGAGACCAAAAGCCCCGGGGGCCGAAUGAGGAGGGAUAUAACGAGGUACUAGUAAUAGAUGAGUAAAGCUUUAUUUCGGGGUUUAUAAGCCUUUCUGCUCUCCUUAAAAACUUCUGGACAACCCCGUUAAUAGGUGUCUGACAUUUGUCCAGUGUACAAUCAGUAUUCAGCUAUUUCUAGGUCUCGAUGGUUAUCAGUGUGUCAUGAAUUGCCAGAAAUUUAAAAACAA